CUUAUCUUCGCCUCGUUUUGCCGUUCUGAACUUAAAACGUCACAACAAUCUGCUCUCCAUUAGACUAUGAUGCUUGGAAAAUUAACAGUUCUUGUUGUUAUUGUGUAUGCUGCAAAAGAAGUUAGUUCUAUUAUUUUCAAAGAUUGUGGGUCAGUCUCAGGAAAGAUUUUAUCGGUAAAUGUAUCUGGAUGCGACAACGAACCUUGCAUAUUUUAUUCAGAGACCAAUGAAACGCUUAGUGCCUCGUUCAUCUCCAAUGUGGAAUCAACAAAACCAACAACUCAUGUAACAGGAAUCAUAGGUGGCGUUCCGAUUUCAUUUCCGGCAGAGAAAAACACGUGUGUUUCACAGACAAAAUGCCCUCUAGAGCCAGGGAAGCAAAACACGUUUGCCAUUACAGUGCCUGUUUUAAAACAGUAUCCUCACAUAAGUCUUUUGGUCAAAACUGAAGUUCAGGACGAUACCGGAAAAGAUAUAUUCUGUUUUGUUUUUCCUGCAGAAAUAAAACCUAAACCAUAUUUUUUUAAAUCAUUUUUUAUCAUUUCUGUCACGAUAAACGAAGAACGGUCACAUAUUGCUCAAUAA